AGGAAGGCAAGUAUCACAAACUACCGUACCUUACCGUAGCAGAGAAGACGACCUCCUCCAUUCAGCCACAAUGAACUCCAUCCAACUGCUCGCAGCAGCGUUCGUGCUCGGCCUGGUCGGACUGACCAGCGGCCAGCUCGUCUCGCCCGGAGUCUGCCAGGACUUUCCGGUGCACGUGAACUUCGAUGUGCCGCGCUACCUUGGCCUGUGGUACGAGAUCCGCCGCUACGAGCAGGUGUUCCAGCGUGGUGGUGAGUGCGUUACCGCCGAGUACUCGCUGAACGACGAUGGUAGCGUGCGCGUGUUCAACUCGAUGCUGGUGCCGCCCGGCCAGGUCCGCCAGUCUGAUGUGGGCCGUGCCGUGGUUGCCUUCCCCGAUGAGUCGCCGCUGGAGGCCAAGCUGAACGUUACCUUCGAUGCGACUGCCACCGACAUCUCCGCCAACUACUGGGUGCUGGGUACGGACUACGACAGCUACGCCGUCGUGUGGGGCUGCUUCGGAGUGGGCACGACGCUGCGUGCCGAAAGUGCCUGGAUCCUGUCCCGCACGCCCACGCUGACGCCGCAGGCUGAGGCCGAGGUUCAGCGCUACGUCGACCUGUACCUGAGCGAGGAAGACCUUCGUCCGACCGUCCAGAACUUGGACUUCUGCUGCACGAUCGAUCCCGAAGUUACCGCUUACCCGCAGUGCCCAACACAUAUGAGUGCAUUAUCGACGGUACUGCUGCUAGCGGGACUAGUGGCCUGUGUUGCCGGGCUGCUGACGGACGAGGCCUGCCCACAGGAUGUGACGGCGAUGAGUGGCUUUUCGCUGAACGAUUACGCCGGCCGCUGGUACGAGAUCAAGCGGUACGAGCAGUUCUACGAGAAGGAUCUGGACUGCGUGGUGGCCGAGUAUCAGAAGACGGGCGACAACAGCAUCUCGGUGAAGAAUGGUGCCUUCAGCCUGGCGAACAAUACGCGCGUGGUGGCGGACGGUACGGCCGUGGUAUCCUACCCGGACGACGCGACCCAUCCGGCCAAGCUGAGCGUCGCGUUCUUCGGAGCAAAGGCCGAUCGUAGCAACUACUGGGUGCUAGACACCGACUACACCUCGUUCGCCGUCGUCUGGUCCUGUGAGCCGUUCUUCCGCGAUCCCUCCAAGAAUGUCCUCGGUUUCUGGAUCUUCUCGCGCAACCAAACCUUCCCGACCGACGAAGCCGUGGUGAAGCGCGUGGACGAGCUGGUGAAGAAGUACGCCGACGCGUCCAAGUUCGAACUAGUUUUGGCUCGACAGUUUAAAGUUACAACGGUGAAAAUGUUGAAGCAGUUGGUUUGUGGCGCCCUCUUCCUGGCCACCCUAGUACAGGGGACGAUUUUCGAGCGACCGUGCCGUACGGAUGUUGCCGUUGUGCAGGACUUCCAGGUGGAUCAGUAUCUCGGCCUGUGGUACGAUCUGGAACACUACGAGGCCAGCUUCGAGCAGAACACGGAUUGCGUAACGGCCGAGUACAGCCGGUACGCGGACGGUUCGAUCCGGGUGUUCAACUCGGCCGUUCGGCUCACCGACGGGCUGCUGUACGCCGUGGACGGACUGGCACUGCUGAGCUACCCGGAGGCGGAAGUGCUGGAGGCAAAGCUGAACGUUUCAUUCUACGGUGCACCGAAUGAUGAAUCAAACUACUGGAUAUUGGAUACGGACUACGAGAACUACUCGAUUGUGUGGAGCUGCGAACCGAUCGGAGAGGAACGAUCGCUCGAAUACUAUUGGCUGCUCUCCCGCACCCCAGCGCUGCCGGAGGACGAGGAGCUGAGGGAGAAGAUUGAAAUUCUCAAGGAGCAGAACGGCAUCAUCGACGACGAGCUCAUCAUUACGGAACACUUUGCCGAAGGUUGCAACAUUAAGCGAAACGCAUUAGCCGUGCUGAUCGUCAGCAGCCUGCAAGUGGCAGUGGGAUUUGUGGUACGCGAUGGAAACUGCACACUGGCCACGGCAAAUCUGCCAUUUGUGAAAGACUUUCAGCUGGAACAGUAUCUUGGCAAGUGGUACGAGCUGGAACGGUACGAGCAGGACUACGAGCGUAACAUGGAGUGCGUGUCGAUCGUGUACCGAUGGCAGCAACCGCUCGAAACGCUCGACGUGAACUAUCGUGGCUAUCUGCCGCACAAUGGUACCGUCAACACCUUCACCGGCAGCGGUGUAUUCAGCCAGGAGCCGGCGCAGGAAACCGCUAACUCUACGGCACCUACCACGGCUGCUAAGCUGCUCGUAUCGUUUGGCAGAGUGUACAAUGCCACCAACUACUGGGUAGUGGAUACGGAUUACGUCAACUACGCGAUCGUGUACUCCUGCGUGACGUUCGCCGAGAUGGGCCAGGCCGUCGAGGGCUACUGGCUGCUGGCACGCACACCCAACCUGCCGGACAACCAGACCGUGAUCGAGCGCGUCAAAUACCUGCGCUCCACGUACUUCCAGGUGUCGCACAUGCGCUUCACAAACCACACCGAGGAACUACUGGACAUCAUGUCGUUCGUACGGUGUUUGUUUGUGGUGCUGGUGGCGGCCGGCUCGAUUGCGCUGGCUCAACGGAUCGUCAGUCAACCGUGCCCGGACCCGGCCAACCGUCCGGUCGUGCAGUAUUUCGAUCUGCAAAGGUACGUUGACGGCCGAUGGUACGAGAUCUCGCGGUACGAUCAACACUUCGAGAAGGACUGUGACUGCGGGUACGCCACGUACACACCGCUGGCGGAUGGGUCGGUGCGGGUGCAGAACUGCUGCGAACGGUUGCCCAACACAACGGUCAAAUGUAGCAUCGGCAAGGCGGUGGUUAGCUAUCCGGACGUGUUCCCGCUGGAAGGCAGGUUUAAUGUCACAUUCGGUGGACCACCGAAAACCUCCAACUACUGGAUCCUGGACACGGACUAUGACAACUACGCGCUGAUCUACUACUGCAAGAAUCUGUCCGAGAGCAAGUCGGCCGAAGCGGCCUGGGUACUGUCGAAGCAGCGAACGAUCCAUCCGUCGGUGCAGGACACUGUCAACGGGCUGGUGGACAAGUACUUUGUGCGACAGGAUAUGCGCAUCACCGAGCAAAGUCAGGCAAAAUCACUUUCUAAGCCAAACGGGGCCCUAGUGACCUUCACACGAACAGAAAAGGGGCGUCUAAUUGCCAAACUUGCUAAAAGUGAACAGCGCGCAGCCAGUAUGAAAACGUUCCCUUGUUUGAUGAUCGCGAUGGCGUACCUGUGGUGUGCCGUCGAUGGAAGUCAAGGAGGACUGCUCACCCUCUCCUGCAUGACGUUUGAGGAGGAUUAUAACUUUAAAGAGGAUAAGUUCGAUGGUACGUGGUACGAGGUGCGGCGGCUGAGCGAUCCUAGCGCCACCCAGCACGAGGACUGUGUGGUGAUGAACUACAAGCUCGGCGAGCAGGGCAGCUUCGAGAUACGGCAAUCGUACCAGGUGGGCGACGAGAGCGAACCGAUCUACCGGAGUGGCAGGGCCGAACCGAAGGUCUUCCAGGACGCUCGCAUUCCCAAGUUUUUCGAGCGCUUCAACACGACCGAUCCGGCCGAUCCGGACAUCUCGAUCGACAUCGUAGCGACGGACUACAGCAGCUACGCGGUCGUGUACUCCUGCACCUCGAUCAAUUCCACGCACCAUCUCGAAUCGGCCUGGGUACUGUCGCGCCAACCGGCACUCGCGAAGAAUGUGGUCGAGCUGGUGAACCUCUUCCUGGAGUCGCGCUUCACCCGGCCCGAUCACAAGUGGCGUGCGACGAUACAUACGGCCGACUACUGUAAGCCCACGUCCGUCGAGGAGCUGCCGAUGUACGCGGGCGCGGGCACUCGCACCGCCCUUAGCAUGCCGGCCGUCCUGCUGGGAAUGCUGCUGGCUGUGCUGCUUCACUAAGCAGCAUCCCUUCAUUCAUGUUUUAUCCCGCACCCCUCCCCCUAGUCAUAGUGUACGUGUGCGCGCGCCUCGUUAGUGUAAGCUCUUGCAUGUAAACCCCACCAAGGCUGUAUGAAAAGUGAAGUAAACUAUGUACCACGAUCACUGGCCCAGUGCCAGUUCCGCUUGGGCAAAA